UAACUCCAUGGCAGUUGUGUGAUCGUGGGCAGGUCAGUUGAGGCUCAGUUUCCUAAUAUUUUAAUAGAACUUUUAAUACCUAUCUUGAUCACAUCAUAGGGAAUUUAGGAGAACAAUUAAAAGAAUGGACAUGAAAGAAACUUGAAAAUUACAAAUGGCUGCACAGAGGAUUAUUACCAUGGUGAAGUUCAUCAUCAACAUUGUCACCACUGUCGUCAUCGUCUUUACCACAUCGAUAUAUUGAUUCCAAUAUAUAGAAACUGUCAUCUGAAGUAGAAAAGAUGUCAGAGAAUUUGAGCAGUUUUAGCAAAAGCUGGAGUAUUAUUUACCAGAGGCAAGGACAGCAUGUGGGAGAAUGUGGUGAGGAAAAUGCUCUUCUCUGGGCUUAAGAAGAGAAUGGAAGGGCUUCAGAGGAGCAGAUACGGGACUAUGGCUGAAGGCGGAACAGAACACACGCGGUCUGCAGCCUCGUCCUCACUGCGGAUCGUCCUGGCGGGCAAAACAGGCGGCGGGAAAAGCGCCACCGGGAACAGCAUCCUCGGCCAGCCAGUGUUUGAGUCCAGGCUGGAGGCCCAGUCGGUGACCAGGAAGUGCCAGGGGGCCACGGGCACGUGGAACGGGAGGAGCAUCCUGGUGGUGGACACGCCCCCCAUCUUUGAGGCGAGGGCCCAGGACCAGGAGGUGUACGAGAACAUCGGGGACUGCUACCUGCUCUCGGCCCCAGGGCCUCACGUGCUGCUGCUGGUGACCCAGCUGGGCCGCUUCACAGAGCAGGACGUGGUGGCCGUGACCAGGGUGAAGGAGGUCUUCGGGGCGAGAGCCCUGAGACACAUGGUCAUCCUGUUCACCCACAAGGAGGACUUAGCGGACGGAUCCUUGCAUGACUACGUAGCCAACACAGACAACCUGAAGCUGAGGGGCCUGGUCCGGGAGUGCGGGCAGAGGUACUGCGCCUUCAACAACCGGGCGUCCGGCGACGAGCGGGGGGAGCAGCUGGCUGGGCUGAUGGCCGUGAUCGAGGGGCUGGAGAGGGAGCACCAGGGCACCUACCUCAGCAACGACCUCUUCUUUGAUGCACAGCGGCUCCAGCAGGGCGGGGGCGACCCCCACGGAGAAGGUCACGUGCGCUACCUGGCCAAGGUGCGGUCACAUGUUGCAAAGCAAAAGCAAGACCUGCAAGAGGCCCAGAGAAACCGUGCCUUCAAGGUGCUCCUCCGAGUCAAAAACUGGAUCACUUCUCACAUCAGAAUAUUUGCUGUUCUUGUUAUAUGUUUUUUUAUUUUUCUUGCCAUUUUAAUUAGCUUGUGUAGUACUCACUAA